AUGGCGUGGGGUCUCCCUAAGCUACCAGGUUUGACAUUUUCGGAUCCAACCAGGACGCAGUAUCAUUUGCGAAGCUCUUUAAGAUAUUAUCAAGGCCACAGAUUCCCGGACACCGUAGUUAGAGGGCCCGGUGGAGCACCAACUGAUGUUGACAGCAAUGCGUUUGCCUUGCCCGAUGAUUCUAUCAACUAUGACCCAUCUCUGACCUAUGGACGGGUGAAACAGCCAGCGUUGCCGGCAGUCGUGCCGCACUGGGUCCAUUAUGACAAACGCUGCCUUAAUUUUACGGCAUUUUUCAAACAGCCAGUGUUUGAAAAUCCGGAUGAAAACUAUAGAGUACGAGUGGUCAAUAUUGUUUACUUCCUCGAAGAUGAUUCUAUGACAGUCAUGGAACCCAGAAUUAAGAAUUCGGGUUUAUGGCAAGGUCGUUUGGUAAAAAGAGGUAGGAUUCCAAAGAAUGACGCCGGCGAAUGCUGGCACUGGAAGGAUCUCGAUAUUGGUAAAGACAUUUGUAUCUACGGGAAGGUGUUUCAUACAGUCUCUUGCGAUCUAUUCACAAAGGAAUGGCUCGAAUCUCAAGGUGUAGAGUUGUCGAAAGAGGAAGAUUUACCAGUUGAUCCCUAUACAGUGAAGGAAAGGUGGAAAUCUGUGCAGACUCCAAAGCGAGUGAAGCCCCGGGAUGAUCCGCUCCGACGGUUCCUUGAAUACGAUGGAAAAGUUCUCGCGUUCAACGUUGUGUGGGACGAUCGUGAUUCUGAAAACGGGGAACUGCGUGAAUACAAACUUUUGUAUUUUCUCCAAGACGACACCAUUGCUGUAAAGGAGCUCCACGACGAGAAGGGCGGGAAAGAUCCAUUUCCGUUAUUGCUUAAGAAAACAAAACUGCCUAAAAAGUGGAAAGAAAAACCCGUAUCGUUUCCGUCAACUGUUUUGGAAACGAGUGAAGAAGAGGUGACUGAGUAUUACGCACCGAGGGAUCUCAUCGUGGGACAGACUGUGUUCGUACUCGGACGCAAAUUCUUACUUUGCGACUGCGAUAACUUCACUAGAAAUUAUUACAAAUCGAUGCUGAAUAUAGACCAGCCGGCUCGAGUUGAAGUUCGACAAGAAACCAAAAAAGAAUUUGCAAAGUCGCUACCGCCACACAUUGGUAUCGGCACUCCCGAAGACACCCUACAGUCGUGUUUUGGAUUGACGCCGAAACCACCACAUAAAGAUGUCAUCAAAUACAACCUUAACGCCAACAAGUAUCUGCGUUAUCUGUGCGAGAUAGACUGGAUCCACCCAGAAGAUCAAGGACGCAAAUUCGUGCUAUCCUACAGCCUUGCGGAUGGAACUGUUAAAAUAGGCGAGAUACCGCGUCGAAAUUCCGGUAUAUGGGAGGGAAAAUUCCUUAGACCCAUGCGGUUGGAAACGCCUGAAUCUGAUCCCAAUUUUCCGAGCUACUUCACACCGGAGAGGUUUUAUAUAGGUGCUAUAGUACCAGUUUUUAAGCACCGUUUCAAGAUAAUCGGCUGCGAUCUUUUCGUGUAUCGAUACAUGAGUGCGAACCCCGAAAAGUUCCCUCCGGAGGUGAUCGAUAACGUACGGAACUACCACAUGCGAGAGGGAAACCUGAAGGACGAACUCGAGGCGGCGAUACGUGAAGAGCAGGCCGCUGAGACUCGAGCUCAACUCACCAAAAUUGGACAAGCGGCUGUCGCGGAGCCGAGUCCGAUGGAGCAGUGUCUGUCGGCGCUCAAUGUCGUGGAGGGCAGCGCGACACCGCCGAGACCGCCGACGCCGCCCACCACAACCGAUCGCAUCCCCUAUGAUGAUUCCUUACGUAUUACACGACAGAGUAAGCCAACGUGUGAAGAGAUCGCGCCUCUGAAGGGCAUCCUCAAGUCUGGGGAAGCCACAGCCGAGCACCAGAAGGUGGUGUGCUUCAGUGGGCCGGCUCCGGACGAGCACCGGGCACAAGCCAAGCACGUGACGUAUCCGCCAGGACAACAGCCGCAUUUCAACGAACAAGCCGACUUCUGCGACAGAUUUAAGGACCCGGAUGCAGCUGAAAGAGCGGAACGUCGUGCCCGUGACGAAUGUCCUUAUGAUAUAGUUCCAAGUGCUCAAACUGCAGGCGCACCCCCUGAUGAAAAGUUUAACAGACAGGUUCCUGGUUAUUUGGGCACUUAUGGAGUGGAUUGCAAAGAGACGCCAGACUUUAUGAAGCUUCCAAGCGACGCGUAUGAACGUGUUAAGAGGUUACGUCAAGACGUGCCACAGAUAUCGCCCGCGGCCGGUCGCGUCGCCGCCCUCCCGAGGGAGCCCGCGCCGCCGGUGCAGGCGUGUACGAACCCGCCGCACGAAGAAACGGGACCUUGCGCCCCAAUGAAGCCGGAGGAUGUGGCCUUUGAAUGUGCUCACGUGAAACCUGGGCUACCAUGUUGUGACCCGGAUAAGAGACAAUAA